GUGUGUUUAAUGUCCAUGUUUUAUAGUCUGAUAGUGUGUGGGAAGAAGAUCCUUCUGAGCCUCUCCAUUUUUGCCAACAGACUGCGUAAGCGUCUGCCUGAUUGUAGCAGAUUAAACAGUGGAUUUACAGGGGCCAUGCUGAGUGAUAUUGGUGACUAUGUUGGCACAGACAUUGAAAUAUCCUGGUUGCCUAAUCUGGAUGAUUUAAUGAAAGGUUAUGCUCGAAACUUUCGCCCAGGAAUUGGAGGACCUCCUGUGAAUGUUGCCAUGGCCAUUGAAGUUGCCAGUAUUGACCAUAUCUCAGAAGCCAACAUGGAAUACACCAUGACCGUGUUUCUGCGGCAGAGUUGGAGAGAUGACCGUCUGUCCUACAACCACACAAACAAAACUCUUGGCCUGGACAGCCGCUUUGUGGACAAACUCUGGUUACCAGACACAUUCAUAGUUAAUGCCAAAUCAGCCUGGUUUCAUGAUGUUACUGUGGAGAACAAACUCAUACGCCUGCAGCCUGAUGGAGUCAUUCUCUACAGCAGUCGAAUUACAUCAACAGCUGCAUGCGACAUGGACCUCACAAAAUACCCCAUGGAUGAACAGGAAUGCAUGCUAGACUUGGAAAGCUAUGGCUACUCUUCAGAAGACAUUGUGUAUCACUGGUCAGAGAGUCAGAAACACAUCCAUGGGCUUGACAAAUUGGAGCUGUCCCAGUUCACCAUUACAGAUUAUCGCUUUGUCACGGAGAUGAUGAACUUUAAAUCUGCAGGGAGAUUUCCACGUCUCAGCUUACGAUUUCAACUACGGCGUAAUCGAGGCGUAUACAUCAUCCAGUCCUACAUGCCCUCCAUCUUACUGGUUGCCAUGUCAUGGGUUUCAUUCUGGAUCAGCCAAUCAGCUGUGCCAGCAAGAGUGACUUUGGGAAUCACAACAGUGCUCACCAUGACAACACUGAUGGUCAGUGCUCGUUCAUCAUUGCCCCGGGCUUCUGCCAUCAAAGCUCUGGACGUGUAUUUCUGGAUCUGCUACGUCUUUGUGUUUGCUGCCUUGAUCGAAUAUGCUUUUGCUCACUAUAAUGCAGACUACAGCAAGAAGGAGAAAGCCAAAGUCAAGACGAAUAAGAGUGCAGAGUCCAUGGUAAAGAAUGGAAAGCAGGCCAUGGUUCUGUUUUCACUUUCUGUGGCUGGCAUGAACCAGGGUCUCCUCGUCUCAAACAGGUAAAACAGGGAUCAGCGGGCCACUGACCCUCCUGGAGAUCUGCAUGAAGAGACAGAGGUCUGUGGCACUCAGUCCCGUCGAGCACAGAAGGAAAGCAGUGAAGAGAAGAAAUGCUGCAAGUGUAAACCUAUUGAUGCUGAUACCAUUGAUAUCUACGCUCGUGCUGUCUUCCCUUUCACCUUUGCUGUGGUAAAUGUCAUCUAUUGGGUGGCAUACACAAUGUAAAUGAUUUAUAAUACUUUAAGCUCUGCAUGUAUAUAAAUCAAUAAAUGAUGUGACAACAUAACUAUACAAUUAUUAAAAUAUGACAAUAUCUGGAUUAUUACGUCUUAU